AUGGGUCCUCUUACCAUGGAUACCAUCUUUGAUCUCAUCGAAGAGGCUAAGCUCCGUUCUCUCUGGUGGUCUCUUUGUAUUUUCGCCAUUUCCUAUUUCUUGACUCAUACAAGUAAAUCAAUGUGGAUGAAUAUACCAAUUUCCAUUCUGUUUUUGGCUGGUUUGAGGAUUCUUGUGAACAAGGUGGAGUUUCGUUGGAAGGUUCAGUCACCUAAAUUACAAACUUACCUAUCUCAUUUGGAGAAAAAACAGCUGCCUCUAGACCAUGAGCGCAUCUCUACUUCACUCCCCCCUCCCAAAUGGAAGAAAAAGAUUGAUUCUCCUGCAGUGGAGGCUGCCUUGAACGAUUUCAUUGAUUUAAUAUUGAAGGAUUUCGUUAUAAAUAUGUGGUAUGCAGACAUUACUUCAGAUGGGGAGUUUCCUGAGCAGAUGCGCGACUUAAUCAUGGACGCUAUUGCUGAAGUCUCGGUUAGGGUUAGAGAGAUUAACAUUGUUGACUUGCUCACAAGUGAUAUAGUUGAUUUAAUAAGUGAUCAUAUAGACCUCUUCAGAAGGAAUCAAGCUGCUAUAGGUGUUGAUGUUAUGUUAACAUUGUCUUCUGAGGAGAGGGAUGAAAGAUUGAAAUUCCAUCUUUUGAACUCGAAGGAGCUUCAUCCAGCACUUAUAUCUCCAGAGAGUGAGUACAAGGUUCUUCAGCGGUUAAUGAGUGGAGUACUAGCUACGGUACUAAGAAAACCAGAAGCUCAUGUUCCUGUCGUUCGAUCAAUAGCUCGGGAAAUUAUGACAUGCUUGAUAUUGCAACCUCUAAUGAAUUUGGCAUGCCCUGCGUAUAUCAAUGAGCUGAUUGAGUCUCUUCUACUAUUCCUUAAUGACGGGGAUAUAAGUUGGAUGCGCGGUUGGGAUCAAAGUUCAAAUGCUACGACUCACAAUCAUAUUAAUCAGGCAUCCUCUUCUGAUUGGGCACAAAUGUUAGACGCUGCGACUCAGAGAAGAACCGAAGUUCUUAUGCCUGAGAAUCUUGAGAACAUGUGGGCAAGAGGAAGGAAUUACAGAAAGAAAAGUCGUAAAAAUGCAAAAUCUGGAUCUCAUGCAAAACAUUCUUCUGCAGAUCAUUCACCUUUUGACAAACAUUUCACUCAUGAAACAUCAGUGAAUAAACCUGGUGGAACAUUGCAUACUGUGGGUUCAGAUCCCACACUAUAUAAUGUAAUUGCAGCUGCAUUGGAGUCUUCAGCAGAUAAUGGCAAGAAUUUAUCUUUUGAAGGAGAUCAUCAACAUGUUGAUGAAGUGAGUGAUAUCAAGGAUCUUGGUUCUAGUAAACAUAAACUUCAUCUCAGGAGAACCGAAAGUACUUCUGUCUUGGGAACCCAUUCACAUAAAGGAGGGCUCAAUGUGUCCGAGUGCUACUCCCCUGAUUUUAAGAAACGUGAAGGUUUUCGGGGAAAGAUUGGUUCUGAAAUGGGAGUCCCUUCACAUAAAGGCGGGGUCAAUGUGUCAGAGUGCAACUCCCCUGAUUUUAAGAAGCGUGAAGGGUUGCGGGGAAAGACUGGUUCUGACAUGGUUAUUAGGAAAGAGGGACAAGGUGUUCCAAAGCUUCGGUGUCGGGUGAUGGGAGCCUAUUUUGAGAAACUUGGAGCCACUUCUUUUGCUGUAUAUUCAAUCGCAGUGACCGACGGGCAAGAAAAAACAUGGUUUGUAAAACGAAGAUACAGGAACUUUGAGCGAUUGCAUCGACAUCUAAAACAUAUUCCCAAUUACACAUUACAUUUGCCUCCCAAAAGGAUAUUUUCCUCGAGCACAGAAGAUGCCUUUGUACAUCAGCGUUGCAUUCAACUUGAUAAAUAUCUCCAUGAUCUCCUAUCAAUAGCUAACGUAGCUGAACAACACGAAGUAUGGGACUUCUUAAGUGUUUCCUCAAAGAAUUACUCUUUUGGGAAAUCUUCUUCAAUGAUGAGGACCCUGGCAGUCAAUGUAGACGAUGCCGUGGACGAUAUUGUACGGCAGUUUAAAGGUGUUUCAGAUGAUUUAAAGCGAAAAGUUGUCACUGCAUCAUCCCCUCCUGCUGAAGGCUCUUCUACAUCUUUCACUUGGAACAUGGAUGAAAUGGAUACUAAUAGUAGUAUUCCAAGGAAAAGUGGUGCAGACAGUGUGUUGAGCUCUGAUAAUGAGGAAGGUGAAAAAGAAUCGAAUCAUGCACGUGAGAAUAUCGAUAGAGAAGUAGGAGAAGAUAGCGCGGGGCAUUCUGACAAUGAACCGAGCUCGAAGGAAUGUUCACAAGGGGUAACAAACCAUGGUAAUGCGCCUGGUAACUUGGAUCUUGAUAGAAAACUCGAUGUUGCGAUGGAAACAAAGGUUAGCAAGGAUGUUCCAACUACAAAUGGAAAUCUAAUCCAUGAUAAUCCGGACGACCCAAUUGGAGUGCCGCCUGAGUGGACUCCCCCUAAUGUGAGUGUCCCUAUUUUGAACUUGGUCGACAAUAUAUUUCAGCUAAAGAAAAGAGGAUGGCUAAGAAGACAGGUCUUUUGGAUAUCAAAACAGAUACUGCAGUUGGUCAUGGAAGAUGCAAUUGACGAUUUACUCCUGAGAGAGAUUCAUUGGCUCAGGAGAGAGGAAACCAUCGUCCAAGGAAUUCGGUGGAUCCAAGAUAUCCUCUGGCCUGGUGGCACGUUUUUCUUAAGAAUCCAGACUCCUCAGUUGUUUAUCGGUGGUGGUGUAAUUGAUCAGAAUCCUUUACAAAGUGAAUCUGGAGGAAGUAAUGUGCGUAAAUCACAAUCAGGAGGGUAUUUCGAGGAACAAUUAGAAGCUGCUCGUAGAGCAAGUGACGUGAAGAAACUUCUCUUUGAUGGAGCUCCGGCAGCAUUAGUUAGCUUAAUCGGCCAGAAGCAGUACAAACGUUGUGCCAGUGAUAUAUAUUACUUUAGUCAGUCUUCUGUAUGUGUGAAGCAACUUGCUUAUGCAAUCCUUGAACUUCUCCUUAUAUCCAUCUUCCCGGAAUUGCGCAAUGUCGUCAUGAGCGUUCACGAGAAUAUGCGUGUUCAUCAACCUGUAUAG